GAUACUUCGUCCUGUGCGUGAAUUAGUGUUAGCAGGCUCAGCUAGCAGCUAGCUAGCAGCUACAGCAACAGAUCAGGUUCUGUUAGUGAAUCCAGUCCUGUCCUUCGUGUGCUGUCUCCUGUCAGUGGACGCAGCGUCUGAAGCCUUUCUACCUGGUUGUGUUUCAGCAGACAGAAGAGAGAGGACUUCCCUUCACUUUGACCACCUUCACUCUUUGCAGAGACAUUAACGGACAUUAACGUCCCCACGUCCUUAAAGACAGACUGACAUUAACGUCCCCCCGUCCUCAAAAAGACAGCCUCUUGUUUGCGGCCUGCUCGUCUCUCUCACUUGACUCAGCAGCUCCUCUUGGUGGCGUCAUGUCUCAGAAGUCGCAGUCAGACGGCGGUCAGAAACACUUCGCUGUGGGUCGGGGGCUCCUCGCCGCCGCAGAGACCUUGAACUUCAGCAUGAACGAGCAGCGAUCCGGCCGGCAGAUGGGGGGUGUGUCCUCAGGUGUGGGGGUGGGCGGCGGUGGCAUGGACGGACAGGACGGCAGCUCCCAGAUGUCCCGGCGUGGCGGCGGCAGCCAUAUUGGAAACACCAUGAAGCUGUUUGCCAGUUUGGGGCUGUCGCCCUCCGACCUGGACGCUCUGGCUGAAAUCCCCGAAGAGGACAUCAGCGUGGAGACGCUGCCCCGCAUCCUCAUGCAGCUCAAGAGCCGUAAGGGGGACGCAGGAGAGCGGCGGGGGGCGUCUUCCAUGUCCUCUGACGCCGGGUAUCGAGGAGGAAGGGACAGCUGGGACGACGGGCACAUGGGGAGGAUGGGCGGUCCUUCUCUGGGUCCGGGUUCAGUCCGGGCCCAGCCCUCUGCAGACUUUGGGUUCAGUUCUCUGCAGGACGUGGCUCCCAGCCGGGGCUUCAACUUAAAUUACAGCAGUGGCGGCGGCGGCGGCGGGGGUGGGAGCAGAGAGAGGCCGUACUCUGAGCUUUCCCACCGUGAUUCCUACAGUGGGCUUGGCAUGGGGGCGCCGGCGUCCGACCCCGUCUUUAUGCAGCGGAGGAUGGGCUCGCCGUCAAACGGAAAAGUCCAAGACUUCUUGGGAGUCCCGCCCCCCAUGUUCCCCCACGUGUGCUCUCUUUGUGACUUUGACGUUCACUCCACCAUGGAGUGGAACCAGCACAUUAACGGACUUCGCCAUGAUGAAAACAGACGUCAGCUGCUCAACAUGUAUCCAGACUGGGAGCCUGGUCUAUCCUCAGGAAGAGGUGGGGCUCUGCUGGACACCCCCAACAUGUCUGCAGGGCUGCUGGGACCUGCCCCCAUGUCUUCAGCUCAGACCGCCGGGGGGAUGUCCUCCAGCUGGGGAAACAGAGGAGGAAGUGGAGGAGGAGGAGGAGGAGGAGGAGGAGGUCCUGGUCUGUCAGGAAAGAACCAGCUGGGACAAAAUAAGGUGAGGAGCAGAGUGGUGGUGGUGAAGUACGACAGGAAGCCUCUCAGCAACAAGACUCUGUUUGCCUUCACCGAGCCAUUCGGCGUCCUCAGAGAGCACCUGGUCCUCAAGAACAAGGCCUUCCUAGAGAUGAACAGUCAUGAGGAGGCUCUGGACAUGGUCAACUACUACGAGCAGCACCAGGCGGCACUGUACGGCAAACCCAUCAACUUCUACCUGUCCAAAAGGCUGCUAGUCAUCGAGAAAGACUCGCGGUCGUCGGACAGGUCGAUGGACAGGUCGAUGGACAGGUCGAUGGACAGGUCGAUAGACAGAACCAUGGACAGAUCCAUGGACAGAUCCAUGGACAGGUCGAUGGACAGACCGGUCCGGGAGGUCAAAGGUCACGGCAGCCAGGUGGUUUUCUUCUCCAACCUGCCCAGAGAGGAAGAGAAGAAGAUGGAGCUGCUGACCAUCGCUGGACGCUUCGGCGUCGUGGAGAAACACCUGUUCCUGACUGACCAGGCGUUCGUCCAGCUGGGAACUCCAGACGACGCAGAGAUGCUGGUGAAGUAUUACAGCGUGAACCCGCUGACCAUCAGAGGAAGACCGAUCCGCCUCAACAUCUGCACUAAGUACAAGACCCUCAAUGUGAACCGGAGACAAGGAGGUGGAGACAGUCGAAGCCAGAGGAGCGGCGGAGCAAACACCAACUUCGGCUCUGGAACCAGGACCUUCUCCAACCCUCCUAGAACCUCCUCAUCCAAAUCCUCGUCCAGCUCCAGGACCAGAGACGAGAAGAAGAAUGAGGAGGAGGACAACAAACUGAAGCCUGAGGAGCAACCUGCAGCAGAGGAGGAGGAGGUGUCAGGAGUGAUGGAGGGGGAAGAGGAGGAAGAGGAGGAGGAGGUGGAGGAGCAGGUAACUGAUGGAGAUGCCGAGGUGGAGGAGGAGGAGGAGGGAGCAGCGUCUGUGAAGGAAGACGUGGAGGAGUCUGAGGAGGUCCAACAGGAGGAGGUUCCUGGUGGUGAUGAUGUCACUGAUGACACUCCUGGAGAUGUGGGCGGGGCUGAAGAUGAGGUCAACCAGGAGGCGGAGCCAGAGGGACAGACGGAACCAACAGAAACCAAAGACUGGGCUGAAGAACACGAGAACAAAGAAGAAGAAGAGAACGCGGAGCGGUCAGAGACGAUGGACGAAGACGGGCCUGGAGACGUGUUUGAUCGUGACUUCCUGGAGAACAUGGAGGACUUUGUGACGUUGGACGAACUGGCAGAGGACGAGGACGACGCAGAGGGAGAGUCCGACGCCAUCGACAACUCGAGGAGAGGGGGUAUGAGGGUGGUCAACAUCGUGGGUUUCAGACGAGGUUACAACUUCCUGACCGAGCUGCAGGGACUCGCCAAACCUUUUGGGAAAGUGGUCAAACACCUGGUGCUGGACCUGAGACCUGAGGCCUACCUUCAGUUUGCCACAGAAGAAGAAGCCCGAGCGAUGGCCAGCUUUUACAACGGUAACAUCACGGCGUCGGUGUGCGGCCGGCCGGUGAGAGUCAGUCACUCCAUGAGCUACCCGACCAUCCAGUGUGGCUCCAGCAGGGUGGUGUACAUCGGUCAGAUCCCCAACAGCAAAUACGGAGACGACGCCAUCCUGAAACUGGCCGAGCCAUUCGGGAGAGUCAAGAAGUAUUUCCUCAACAGGCUCAAGAGAGAGUGUUUCAUUGAGAUGGAGAACGCUGAGGAGGCAGAGAGAAUGGCGGAAGAUUGCAAAGAGAAUCCACCAAAGUUCAACGGGAAACGUUUGACCAUCUACGUCAGCAGGAAGUACAGACAGCUCAAGCACGGACAUCGAUGUCCAGACAGAACCAAGAGAGAAAACAGCAGCAUGUCGCCGAAAUCCUCCAAACAUCCUGAAGAACCUCCAGCCAAGAAAUCCAAGGAGGAGAAGAAACCAGAGGAGGACGAAGAGGAGGAAGAGGAGGAGGAGGAGGAUGAGGAGGAGACGAUGAAGGAGAAAGAGGAGGAGAAGCAGCUGGAGGAGAACAAAGAGGAAGAGAUGAAGAGUUGUGAUGACGAGAAGAGAGAAGAAAACUCAGCAGAGAAGAUUACUCAAAUUUCUGAUGAGAACCAGAAGAGCUGCCAUGAUCAGGAGGUGCAGCAGGUGGAGGAGGAGACGGAGACAUCGACCAAUCAGAACGGACAGACCGAUGCCCCCCCGCCGGCUGAAAACAAACCCAGCGUGGCGUCUCUGCCGCUGCCCCCCCACGACCCCAACACCCCCAUCGGUGUUGAACACGUGAAGAUGGGUUAUUACUGCCGCGUCUGCUUCCUGUUUUACUCCAACGAAGAGACGGCCAAGAAGACGCACUGCAGCAGCCAGACGCACUACGACAAGCUGCAGAAACAUCUGGAAAAGGAACAGACCAAAGCAGAGAAGAAGAAAGGGAAGAAGACGACCGUGUAGAUUUCCUCUGAGGAAGAAGAGUUGAAGUGGGGCUUUUUAUUCUACUUUUUAUUCAGUCAGUUGUUCAGACUUAAAGGUGUAAUGUGUCAGACUUUGAGUUUAUCCGUUAAAUAAUGAAUUAGCAUCAUCAGCAGGAUGUGGAGAGCUUCCGGUGUUGACGUGUUGCAGCAUGCUAAAAAGCUAGCAUGCUAACCAGCUAGCCCCCGCCCGUCCUGUCUGUAAUACCACUUGUUCCUCUGAGAGGCAGUAGAGAGUCACUGUAGCGUCCAGUCUGUCCUCAGUCCACCAUGAGAGGACCAGGAAGUAGAGCUGCCCGUUAGACGGCUAACAUAGAGCCUCCGACCCCGGUUAGCUAAGAGCGUCUGGCACUGGUUAGCGUGCCGGUAAACACGCAGACGGCUAAAGUAGAGCGGCCGACCCCGGUUAACUUAGAGCGUUCAGCCUCUGUUAGCGUGCCGGUGAACACACAGACGGACAACUAUAACACAUUACACCUUUAAAGUCCAACGAUGACUGCAUGACUUCUGAACUCUGUUGUCACGGUGACGAUAUUGUCUCCGACGUUAUCUGGGCGAAUGGAUACUCUGUUAUUCGUCAAGAUAUAGUUCCAACACUAACUGGUUUUCACUUUCUGUUCGUAAACUAGCCACAUGUGAAACUCUCAAUCUCACAAAGUGAAUUCCCUAAAAUGUCAAACUAUUCCUUUAAGUCUGUUUUCAUCCUCGUAGAGAAAAACGUGUUUUUAUGUUGUCGGAUUAUUUGGAUGUUUUAUAAAAUAAAGCAGUUCCCUCAAAUA